AUGUGGCGGAAUCACCGAUUAAUCGGCAACUACACGAAAACCGCCAUCAUGCUCUUCAUUCCAUCAUUCUCUUCUUCUCAGACCCUAACUCUCAGAUCACUGCGAACCCUCAUCGCGCUCGCCUCAAACCCUAUUGCUCUCCUCACACCGCCGCAGUUACCACAUCAGCCCUUAGGGGUUCAGCCGCCGCGCUCUUCACUAACCCUAAGUCUAUGCCGAUUCUCACAUUCUUCUACAUCCUCUCCGAUUCCAACGACUGCUCGUGAUUUUUUCGGCUCUAGUUCGAACUAUAUAGGGGAGGUUGAGGAUUCCGGCGAUGAUUUUGUGACUGACGAGGACGUUAAGCCGCCCAUUUCUGUUAGGGCUUAUUUCUUCUCUACCAGUGUGGAUUUGAGAAGUCUGGUGGAACAGAACAGACCUAAUUUUAUCCAGCCUACAUCACGCAUGACUAAUUACAUUGUAUUGAGGUUUGGCAGCAACAAGCCUGAGUAUAUUGGUUUGGGUUCGAGUUUAAGUGGGAGUGAAAGCAGCUACAUGGUAGUCUUUCAGUAUGGCUCCAUUGUCUUAUUCAAUGUCCGUGAUCAUGAAGUCGAUGGGUAUCUGAAUAUUGUAAAAAAUCAUGCUUCAGGAUUGCUCCAAGAGAUUAGAAAAGAUGAGUAUGAGGUGAAAGAGAAACCAAGUUUGGACACAUGGAUGCAAGGUGGGUUGGAUUUUAUAAUGCUGCAGUAUUUAAACAUUGAUGGGAUUCGUACAAUUGGCAGUGUUUUAGGUCAAAGUAUAGCUCUCGAUUACUAUGUUCGCCAGGUUGAUGGGAUGGUUGCAGAAUUCACUGAUAUAAACCGUGGCAUGGAAAAAACUGGAACUUUCACCAUGAAAAGGAAAAAGCUUUUUCAGUUAGUGGGGAAGGCAAAUUCAAAUCUUGCUGAUGUCAUACUUAAGCUCGGACUUUUUGAGAGAUCUGAUAUUGCAUGGAAGGAUGCGAAAUAUGCACAGAUAUGGGAGUAUUUAAGAGAUGAAUUUGAGUUGACUCAGCGAUUCGCGAGUUUGGAUUUUAAGUUGAAGUUUGUUGAGCAUAAUAUUCGGUUUCUUCAAGAGAUUUUGCAGAACAGGAAAUCGGAUUUUUUGGAGUGGUUGAUUAUAAUACUGAUAGGUGCUGAAAUUCUUAUAUCUGUUUAUGACAUUGCUCAUAAAUCUGUCACAUCCCUAUAGAACAUUAGUGUAUAUAUGGGUGGAAAUGGCUAAAUUAUUGAAGUGUGUGACUUGGGAGUUGAUGUUUGUUAUAUAUAUUUACAAAGAGAAUAAAUAUUAAGCUCCAUGUUCAAGCGUGGAUGAUGGAUGCAUUUAAACAAAAUGCCCACUAGAAUGAACUUGGAUAAAUGAGGGAUUUUGUUGUUAACUUUAAUAAAUCACAAAUAAUGUUCGAAUCAAGACAAUUUAUGAAAGAAGC